AUGAUUGUACGAUGGUCCUGGGUGCAUUCUCCACCUGCGAUUCUCCCUUUGCAGGCCUAUUUUACAGAAGGGGGACACUCAUCUUCUGAGAGCAGGGGAAGAUUUUCAGAAAACAUUUAUAUUAACAUGAACCUCAAAAAUAACUUUGAUUCCUCAGACAUCAAUGCAGACUCUCCUCCAGCUCCUCAAAACAAGAUCAUGUCUCUUAAAGGUAGUCAUAGAUUCGCCAAGAUCAUCCUCACCUCGUUCAUAAUAUUUUUUCUGCUGUUGAAAAUCUUACUCUCCAUUGUUCUGCUCAUUUUGUUUAAAAAAUAUUCUCAGCUUCUUGAAGAAAAAGCAAUCAUAAACGAACUGAAUUAUACCAGAUUGGAGUGUACAAAACGGCAUUCGUUCUUGAAAGACAAAGUCUGGAGCUGUUGCCCAAAGGACUGGGAGCCAUUUAGUUCCCACUGCUACUUCAUUUCCACUGACUUGGCAUCUUGGAACGAGAGUGAGGAGAAGUGCUCCAGCAUGGGUGCUCAUCUGAUGGUGGUCCGCAGCCAGGAAGAGCAGGAUUUCAUCACUAAGAUCCUGAACCGUAACACUGCUUAUUUUAUCGGGCUUUCAGAUCCAGGUCAUCGACAAUGGCGAUGGGUUGAUCAGACACCGUACAAUAAAAGUGCCACGUUCUGGCACCCAGGUGAGCCCAACAAUGACUACGAACAAUGUGCUGUAAUAAAUGUUUGGCAUAGUAAUUGGGGCUGGAAUGACAUCCCUUGCAGUCAUGAACAGAAAUCAAUUUGUCAGAUGAAUAAAAUAUACUUAUAA